CGCGGUGUUCUCUCAGUCACAGACACUCACAGCAAGAGUUCGCUCGUACGAUUUGAAAACUUAAAGCUCUGUAUACUGUUGAUAUCAGCAUGGCCCGAAGUGUAUUUACACCGUUGAGCUUAGCUGUACUCCUUGCAGUCUUUGAAAUUGGAUCAUGUAUAAAAUGCUACCAGUGCAACUCACAAUCAGAUCCAAAGUGUUCGGACCCGUUCAGAAACGCAACAAUUGUAGAAUGUCUGAGCAAUGAGUCGACAAACUACAAUAACCAAUAUCUGCGUGGUCUGUUGCCUAUUGAUGUAGCAUCGGCGUUAGGGGCCACAAGAUAUUGUCAUAAGAUUGUCAUGCAGACCGGCACUGUCAUCAGAGCGUGUUUAGACGUCAAUCCAUUGAACAUCAAUCAGACUUGUCAAAUAUUAGAUGCUCCAAGAGUUGCCGAUGAAAAAUUGAAACUCAAAUACUGUAGUGUAUGUAAUACAGACAACUGCAACGGUGCAGGUGCAAUUACUGCUUCGCUGCCACUAGCGGCGUUAGCAAUCAUGGCAUCGUAUCUUUACUACAAGCAAUAAUAUAAUAGAAGAUGUAAUAGCAAUAACAACAGAUAUUAAUGGUCCAAUCUUCAUGGAGCCACGACGUUAUUUAUACUGCGCUUUUGCGAAGAAAAAUGAACAAAUCGCUUUAUAUCCAUAUAUCAGACAUGACAUUGAAAAUACGUCAAAUAAUAAAAGAAAGUAAAGUAUAGAACAAAACCAGAAAUAUAUAAGUAUGUUUCUUUAGUGCUAUAGUAUCUGCUAAAAUAUAAUAUAUAUUGUGAGAAAAUGUCGUCAACAUCAAUAACAGAACAAUAAAUUGUGGGUAGGAUCAUAAUGGCUUCUA